CUGAAGGGUCUUUUUAUCGAUCGCCUUUCUUUGCUCAUUUAUGGCUUCUCCGAUCGCUUAAAUUUAUCAAAUCAUAAAAUCAAUCAGAGCGAAAAACUCCGACCCGAAAAAGAAGAGAAAAAAAAAACCAAACCCGAUGGCCAGACGAUCCAUUCCUGUCCUAAAGAAACUCCUCUCCUCGUCGCAAAAUCCAUCGCCAUGCUCCAGAUUCACUUCUCGCCGAUCUGUGACCUACAUGCCCCGUCCUGGCGACGGCUCGCCUCGCGCUGUAACCCUGAUCCCUGGUGAUGGAAUCGGUCCUCUGGUGACAGGCGCCGUGGAACAAGUGAUGGAGGCGAUGCACGCGCCGGUUUACUUCGAACGGUAUGAGGUGCACGGGGAUAUGAAGAAAGUUCCGACGGAGGUAAUCGAAUCGAUUAAGAAGAAUAAGGUGUGCUUGAAGGGAGGACUGGCCACUCCAAUGGGCGGAGGUGUUAGUUCAUUGAACGUGCAGCUGAGAAAGGAGCUUGAUUUGUACGCUUCGCUCGUUAAUUGCUUCAAUUUGCCGGGAUUGCCAACGCGCCACGAGAAUGUGGAUAUUGUUGUGAUUAGAGAGAAUACUGAGGGAGAGUACUCUGGCCUCGAGCAUGAGGUCGUUCCUGGAGUAGUUGAAAGCCUCAAGGUGAUUACAAAGUUCUGCUCCGAGCGCAUUGCAAAAUACGCUUUUGAGUAUGCGUACCUGAACAACAGGAAGAAGGUGACUGCUGUGCACAAAGCAAACAUCAUGAAGCUUGCAGAUGGUUUGUUUUUGGAGUCUUGUCGGGAGGUCGCUACAAAAUAUCCUGGAAUCAAAUACAAUGAAAUUAUUGUGGACAACUGCUGCAUGCAACUUGUUUCAAAGCCAGAGCAGUUUGAUGUCAUGGUGACACCUAAUCUUUAUGGCAAUCUUGUUGCAAAUACUGCUGCAGGUAUUGCUGGUGGUACAGGAGUCAUGCCAGGAGGCAAUGUUGGGGCUGAUCACGCUAUUUUUGAGCAAGGUGCCUCAGCAGGAAAUGUGGGCAAUGAGAAAAUAGUGGAACAGAAGAAAGCAAAUCCAGUGGCACUGCUGCUCUCAUCUGCUAUGAUGCUCAGACAUCUCCAGUUUCCUUCAUUUGCCGAUCGAUUAGAAACUGCUGUGAAACGAGUCAUUUCAGAGGGCAAGUACCGGACAAAAGAUCUAGGAGGACAGAGCAGCACCCAAGUGGUCGUUGAUGCAGUCAUAGCUGCUCUAGACUGAUUGGGUAGGUUGCUCGUUAAGCUGCUGAUCUUACUUAAACAUUUGCCGAUCCAACUUGGAAGUUUGAUCUUCUCGUAUUCUUUAUUUGGUACUUCAAUUUCCCGCAUACCAUUGAAAAUUAUCAUUUCUUUUUUUUUUUUUUUUUUGAAAUAAUCUCCAUUGAAGAUGAUAAAAUGUCAUUGUUAAUUAAGCCAAAUACCUGUAUAGGGAAGAGGCAAUAUUAUGUGUUUGCUGCAAUUAUCAGGUUCACUAUUUGAAUUUUAGCGGAAUCAUGGCCAUAUUUGAGCGAAGUAGAUCUCGAAUAUGGUUGCACUUGAUAUUUUACCUUUUUGCAGACCUGGCCAGGCAAGGAGUUUUGAAACCCGAGGCUGAGGAUGUUUAUUAUAAUUUUGUCCACUUGUGUCUUUGAUUUUUCUCUA